UGUGUGCGGAAACUGACAGGUAGUGAGCUGCCGUCUCUCGACUUGACUUCGGCAGUGGACGUGGGCGAAGAGACCGCAGGAGAAAACGGGAAAUCCGACUGUCAGCUGGCCGGGAAAACCGAUCUCACCACCCGGCUUCCGGGGAUUCGAGGGCCGCGUCGGUAGACAGCAGACGUCGGCCGGGUAGCUCCGGGGAGUGAGGGCGAAACAACCACAUCAUCGCCGACAUCCAUCUCUCGAUCUCAGCCACUUUCGAGAUGUCAAGGAAGCUACAGAGGACAGAGGUCUGCGCCGACUGCAGUGCGCCAGACCCGGGCUGGACCAGUAUCAACCGAGGGGUCCUGAUCUGUGAUGAAUGCUGUUCAGUCCACCGCAGUUUAGGCCGCCACAUCUCCAUAGUCAAGCACCUGAGGCACAGCGGAUGGCCUCCAGCACUCCUGCAGAUGGUUCAGACCUUGGCCAGUAACGGGGCCAACUCAAUAUGGGAACACAGUCUCCUGGACCCUGCUCAGGUACAGAGCGGUCGGAGGAAACCCAACCCCCAGGACAAAGUCCAUCCCACGAAGUCAGAGUUCAUCAGAGCAAAGUACCAGAUGCUGGCCUUUGUGCACAAGCUGCCCUGCCGUGAUGAUGAUGGCGUCACUACCAAGGACCUCAGUAAGCAACUACACUCGAGUGUGCGGACGGGGAGUUUGGAGACGUGUCUUCGGCUCCUGUCACUCGGCGCUCAGGCCAACUUCUUCCACCCGGAGAAAGGCACGACCCCGCUCCAUGUGGCAGCCAAGGCGGGGCAGAUCCUGCAGGCCGAGCUGCUGGUGGUGUACGGCGCUGACCCCGGAGCGCCUGACAUCAACGGACGCACACCGAUGGACUACGCGAGGCAGGCCGGCCAUAUCGAGCUAGCGGAGCGGCUGGUCGAGUGUCAGUACGAGCUGACGGACAGACUCGCUUUCUACCUUUGUGGACGGCGUCCAGAUCACAAGAAUGGCCAUUACAUCAUUCCUCAAAUGGCAGACAGAGCUCGUCCUAAGUGCCCAACACAGAGUCUGGACCUCUCCGAAUUGGCCAAGGCGGCCAAGAAGAAGCUCCAAGCGCUCAACAACCGGCUGUUUGAGGAGCUAGCGAUGGACGUCUAUGACGAGGUAGACCGCCGAGAAAACGAUGCAGUUUGGCUUACGACCCAGAACCACAGCACUCUGGUCACCGAGCGCAGCGCGGUGCCCUUCCUGCCAGUCAACCCUGAAUACUCUGCCACGCGCAACCAGGGCCGUCAGAAGCUGGCUCGCUUCAACGCUCGGGAGUUCGCCACGCUCAUCAUCGACAUCCUGAGCGACGCCAAGAGGAGACAGCAGGGGAAAGGACUCAGCAGCCCUACUGACACGUUAGAUCUGGGCAUCGACGAUGACCAGCACGACUACGACAGCGUAGCGUCGGAUGAAGACACGGACAGCGAGCUGACCACGCAGAACAACAACAACACGCAACGCAACAACCGGGCAAAGAGCAUGGACUCGUCAGACCUGUCGGACGGCCCCAUCACCCUGCAGGAGUACCUGGAGGUGAAGAAGGCGCUGGCCUCCUCCGAAGCCAAGGUGCAGCAGCUGAUGAAGGUCAACAACAACCUGAGCGAGGAGCUCCGGCGGCUCCAGAAGGAGAUCACACGGAUGCAGACAGAGAACAGUGCGAUGCGGGGGUGCCAGCAGGCUGGGGGGCCAGCUGGCCAUGGGGUAGGGGGACCUGGCGGCGGCAGCGGUGGAGGAGGAGGAGGAGGAGGUGGAGGAGGCCACUGGCAAGGGGGCGGGAUGAGAGGAGGUGUAGGCGGAGGGGGCCCGGGUGGGUUCGGGACGGGAGCGGACCCCCCAGGGCUGUCGGUGCCCUCCUCAGCCGCCCCCAACUCCCACCCCUACCGACGGGACCGCCAGGCCUUCUCCAUGUACGAGCCAGGGGCGGGCCCCGGCCCCACGGCCCAUGGCCCCCCAGUCCUGGACUCCCUGGCAGCCCGCCUGCAGCCCCUCAACACACCCAGCGGACGGAAGGGCGGCACAGGGGGCCCGGCGUCGUACGGGGGCCAUCAUCUGUCCGGGUCGACCGAGAUGAGCCGGUACAUGUCGACCAAAUCGGAGAAGCACGGCAGUGGCACCGACAGCGACUACGACAACACGCAGACGUACGACUUCUCGCUAAGUAUGGGCCGCAGCAGCGAGGAGGAAGGCCGCGGGGAUUCUGAGGAGGGGGGAGGCGGGGAGGCGUGGGAGCCGGACCCCACCUUGCCCGGCACGGAGGACGUCAUCCUGAAGACGGAGCAGGUGACCAAGAACAUCCAGGAGCUGCUGAGGGCGGCCCAGGAGUUCAAACACGACAGCUUCGUUCCGUGCUCCGAGAAGAUCCACUCGGCUGUCACCGAGAUGGCCUCGCUGUUCCCCAGACGCCCGGCGUUGGACGCGGUGCACAGCUCCCUGCGCUUGUUGGCCUCCAGCGCCUCGCGGUUGCAGGUGGAGUGCCGCAAGGCAGCGCCCUCGGAGCCCGGGGGCCCCGCGGUGGACUACCAGCUCCUCACCCAGCAGGUCAUCCAGUGCGCCUACGACAUCGCCAAGGCCGCCAAGCAACUGGUCACCAUCACGACCCGGGAGAAGAAACAGUGACCCGACGGACGGAGAGGGCAGCGGGGGAGAGAGGGGGGGAACGGAUGAUUAUGCAUGGGCGGGGCCAAGAGGCGUGGGAGGAGCUUCUAAUAUAGGAGAGGGAGACCUGAGCACACUGAAGGUGUUGAAAGGAGGGCGGGGGGGGGGGGGGUGAUGGAAGGGCACAAUGAGGAAAGAAGACGUUUGGAACAUGCAUGGAAAAAAGGAAUCGGAUGAAAGCAAAAGAUAAUUGAUCGUUUAGGAGAAACACGACAGAGGACCGGAAGAAGGGAAAGUAAAGAAGGACCAGUGGGAGGGUCACGGGAACGGCAGCCCGCCGCAGUCCACGUCAUAAACCGCGAGAAACUGUGACGCUGAGAGAUGUACAGGGAACCGGAUCCGGGAGACGUUGCCGCUUUUUACAAAUUUACUCUGACCCGUCACUCGUCGAGCCCUCUCUCGCCCCGUUUACCUGAGCUAGAGAACGAGGGAGGGUACACGGCGAGAGGGAAGCAGAACGACCUGCCAUGACACGCCGCCACAUCAUCUCCAUCGCUCCGCACGGCCGAGUCGGGACUUCCAUCUCUCUCUCUCUCUCUCCCUCUCUCGCUCUCUCUCUCUCUCUCUCUCUCUCUCUCUCCAACCAGACAUGAGGCUCCUCUGUCUCUUAUCCCGUCCCAGACAGGAUGUGCUUGCGGUUCAGAGAAGAGACCCCCCCCCCCCCCCCAUCUAUUGCCGGUGGUACACAGCAUGAUCCGGCAUGUUUUAAUUUCUUUCCCCUCUCUUUCUUUUUACUUUGUUGUGUUUUGAUUCGCAGAUGGGUUUGGUCUGCGCCUUUUUUGAAAAUUCUUUUUCAUUUUUUUUUAUAUGGACAAAGAUUACUGACAUACACAAACAAAACACUUACACUGGAAUAAUUGUGUUGUUAUUGUUGUUUUUAUCAUGCCUGUUUUUUAUUGCUAUUUUUACCGUCAUCUUGAUUCUAACUGUUCGUGUGCGUUUAUUCUCAUCGUCUCAAAUAUGAUUCUCAUGUCGUGGUGGGAGUAUGUGCUCAACUGGGAUUCACGAAAACACACACACACACUCACACAGAUUUGUUCUUGAUGUUCUGUCAGACCCAAAGCCCCUCGGUGCACGGUGACAGGACCCGGAUCAAAAAUGCUAUAAUCUUCCUCGUCUAACGGAGCCAGUGGAAUCAUCUCAGUCUUCAUCAGUACGCCAUGUUCAUGGUGCUUGUGUCAGACACACGUCGACUCCAUCACGCCGGUAUGUUGCAGUGACGUCGUCCCGACCCGAAGAGAGAGAGAAACAUGUUGACCUCAAAGUGACCGUGGCUUUUCUAGCUGGUUCUACAAUCCGGGCUCGGUGCUCAGACGGGCCUCUGCACAUGAAAUGGACUCGCCUGAAACACUGACCUCGUCCUCCAAACAGCUGUUGCAUCUCAAUCCUUUUUUAUUUCUUUGUUCUUUGCUUUGUCCUCGUACUGCUGCCUUUUAAGCAAGAAUCAAUUAGACCUCAAUUAGCUGCGGACACUUUGAGAGGUUGAUGCCGUCAGCGCGGGCCCGGCCGCUUUAUUCAUGUUUCCUUUUUUUCAUCUCUCUCGCACAGGGAAGGAUGGGAGUUUUUUUAUUUUUAUUAUUUUAUUUUCUGUACCCUGUCAAAACCGAUCAUGUCCAGAAGCCUCGUGAAAUAUAUCAUCGUUAUGAUAUUGGGAUGCCCUUCGGACACCACCAUCAUCAUCAUCAUCAUCAAUCAUCUCCUCACUGACACCAGACACACACACACACACACACAAGGGGCCUUACUGCCGGUCCCUUCAAUCACGGUUGCCCAAGUUUUAGCCUAGAGCCAUAUCUAUAAAUAUACGAACAUAUAUUUUCAUGCUAUAUUUUCUAUUCAGCUAUACGUUGGGAGUGUCUGCGAGAUAUUUCUGUCUUAUUUGUGGGAGAGAGCUUCUUCAGACCCGACACGACAUGUGCCUGUAGAUGUUUUGAGUCUUGUGAAUACGGUUAUUACUGUGGUAUUAGCCCUUUGUGUAGUUACCGUGUACAUAUUAGCGAUCCCACCACGAGGAGCCGGAACAACAAGUUUGAAGUAGGAAGGCCUUCGCGUAGGAUUUUGAUGGAUGGGAACGCACAUGGCCCGGUCCUUUUCCCCCUUAGUCACUCGACACUGCGUAGAGGGGGGGGGGCUCUAGUCCGAAUGUUCAACACCUCAUGCCCAACACGCGUUCUCACGCCUUCAUCACGUCCAAGAUGCAGCACAUACUCCCCGACGUCAGAAACACACUCAACUUAUCAGUUGGACCAAGCCUUCUGCCAAGUAGAUGUUAACUCUGCAGCCAGUGAAUUACACACAAACACACACACACACACACACUUGUGAUACGCGGCCAUCGGCAGUGCACUAUGGCCUGUGCUGCGUUGUCUGUUCACAGCGCUACACUUUUGGGAGAUGGAUAACGGGAGGUUUACCUUUUAAUAGAAGACGUUAAAAACUGUAUAAAGUAGAAGAAACGACUCAGAGGGUCAAACGUAAUGGAAACGCAUAAGCUGUACAUUUGUAAUGAAAUAGUAAAACAAGUCAAUUGUC